UUAUUAUUUCGUCUUAAUUAUUUGUCAUGAUUCUGCAUGUGGAAUUAAAAUAUAUCAGAAUUGCACAUUUGAAUGUAAGAUCGAUUACUAAUAACUUUCUUGAUUUUAAACAUGUGUUAGCUAACGACUAUGAUGUGAUUGGCGUAACCGAGACCUGGUUAACUUCUGAUACACCUAGCUAUGCUGUAAGUAUUCCUAAUUAUAGGUUUGAACGGAAGGAUCGCACAACGCGUACAUGGGGUGGAGGUGUGGGUGUAUAUAUAAGAAACAAUUUGCAGUAUGAUCUUAACUCGUGUGCUUCCUUACAGAGCAGUGAUAGUCUUGAGCAAAUAUGGAUAAAUUUGAGAUUGCAUAAAGUCAGAUUAGCAAUAGGCACCUUAUACAGGCGACAAGAGUUUCCUUUUUCCGAGUUUUUAGAUGACUUUGAAAACUGCUUCGUACACCUGCUGCCUACAGGAGCUGAGGUUAUCUGUAUAGGUGACCUAAAUAUUGACCUUGGGAAAUUCGCUAACAAUCACGCCGUAACAUUCCUAACUUUGGUUGAAGUGAUGGGUUUAAGACAGGUUGUGCAGGAACCGACCAGGGUAAGAUGAUUUUCUUUGUGACCAAUCUGCUUAUAGAUCUAGGGCGGCGAGUCUGGCUCGGGCAUGGACUGCCUGCAGCUUCGCCAGUCCGUCGGACCAUUCCACUACCUCAUUAGCGAGCAGGCUAAGUCUCUGGUGGCACUCCAAGAAUUACAACAUGAAGUCGGUGCGUUACUCGAGUUUCGUGACAUUGUCAUCGAAACGUUUCCAAACUUACGCACGAAAUUGGCCAAUUCUACUCCAACUACAAUGACAUCGCAUGUUUCCAAUAUACCUAUAGCUGUUAGGCGGGAGUGGGAGCCAGGAGUUCGAGUGCGUCGCAAAUUACUUAGUAAAGAAGAAUCUCGAGGAAGCAGUAAUGGAAAGAAGACUGGGGAAACAUCGGGCGUGCAGGAUUCCGGCUUUAGUACGGAAGCUUCAAGUAAAGAAACGCAUAGCGCAUCGUCUACGGCACCUCCUCCCUCCGCCUCUGCUAGUAAUACUGAACCGGAUGAAACGGAAGACGAACUGUGGAACCUUUUAGACGUAAUUCAUAGGAAAGGCACGAGAUUAAAAGACGAAUUGGAGGCACUCCAAGACACAAUGCGAGAGAAUAAAGGAAAUCAAACUGAAAGCAGUGGUGACUUCCAAAGGGUUCUCUUACAUGCAUCCGUCGACGACGUGCGUCAUUUGAGGCGGGAGCGUGACUUACUUAUGGAUCGCGUAGCUGAGAUGGAAGCGGAACUUCUUGCUGGUCGCGUGCAGACGUCAAGGCUACAAGAUGAUUUAGAAAACCUUAUCUCGGCGAAACAGGAUCUAGAAGAGCAAUUAAGGGCUGUGAUGUCUCAAAGUGGCGAAGUGAAUACUCGUAUCCAUGAUUUACACUUACAAUUUGUAACAAAUAAGAGUGGUUCUAGUUCCCCUAGUGCUGAAAAAACUUGUAAAUUUAACGAAUCAGAUCUUAUACCUAGUGCUAGUCAUCGAACUCGGAAAAAAGUUAGUUCUAGUUCGCUCGAAAAUUUGUUAGGUAAUUGCACUCCUAAGGUGAAAGCGCCCGAUUCCAGAAAAAUAGCUGCUAUACUAAAGGAGCAUGAUCCCUUGAUUCUCCAGAGGCAUCUGCUUACUACAACAGUUCAAAAUCAAGUAUUACAACAACAACUUAGCAUGGCAGCAAAAUUAGAAAUUAAUUUAGUGGAGAAACUAGACAAGGCCAGAGAAGAAAAUGAGGAUUUAAAAUUUCAGCUUGAAGAUAGAAACAUAGAAUUAGAAGGCACUAGAGCAAGGGUUCGACUGUUUGAACAACUACAAAGGCCGACAGCUGCGAUCACCUCUCCUGAUCUGAUACCAAACCUUGGAUCUGUUGCGUCUGAUAAUUUAGAUAGAUCACGUUCCGAAAUUAUCACCGCAAGCAUGAAGGCGAUGAGUCCGCUUCCAUUAAAUUUGCCAUUUGAUCAUUCCAGUAGUACCGAAUCUGCCCAUGACCAAGCAGAGGUUGUUCGCAGAAGUGAUACGAAGAAGAAACCUAGUAAAAUUCCGUUGGUGAAAAGUUACGCUGCACCAAAACCGCCUGGAGGUAAACAUAGUCCUGCACCUGGUGCACGUAGUCAUAGUGGGGAAUCACCUGGUAGGCCGCAUUCUGCACAAUCUGUACGAAAUAAAAGCGAAGGCAAUAGCUUGUCCGGCAGCAAAAGCAAUUUUUCUCUUCCCAAGUCCAGAAAUACAUCCUUAAGUAAUACGAGAGAUUCCCUGACUGGUAAAUUGAGGAGCGCUGAAUCGCUGUCAAAGUUACGCGAAUCACCUGUAAAUAACAGCAUGACGUCUAAUCGCACUACAAAGAAGGACAGCUCCCAUAAAAAGCCUGCAGCUCCAGUGAGAAGGGCGAACAGUAUUCGGGAUUCACAGGACGCCAAGAUCGAUUCAAGCUGCGCAAGAGAAAAAUUUCAAUCUCCAUGGAUUCUCUCUUCAUUUAACUCGGACUCAAUUGAACAAUAUCCCGAUUCGCUGGAUUUAAAUGCAUCGACACAACCGGCAACUAUAGAAACGUCAAGUAGUCAUCGAUAUCAAACGGCAAACAAUUUUCUGUGGACUACACCCGAGAAUGGAAAGGAGUAUUACGAUAGUAUUGAUUCAAAUUUAGAAUCUAGCUUGUACCAACAAAAUGGGGAGGAAAUGGCAGAAUGUGAUUCACUUGAAAAGCGAAUUUCGGGUAAUGAUGAUGAGAAAAAGUAGAAUUGUCCUGGUAAUUUUAAACAGUUUGUAUUAAUUUUGGUUUGCAUUGUUUCAUUGAAAAUUUAUUACAAAAGUUUGAAAUAGAGAUGCCACUUGAAACAAUUGUUAUGACCGUCCAUUAGUAAGACAAGUACUUAUCAAGAGACGAAUUUGUAAUUUCAAAUUUGUAUGACUUGGGAGGAGUGCUUGUGGCAUAGUAAGUUGUAGUAAAAUUGCAUUUAAAUUAAGGGUAAAUUGUUCAAUAUGUUUAUUCCACAAACAUAUCCAGAUAAGUUUAUUUAUAUACUUUUCAUAAAAUUGUAAAUAAAGUGUAAAUGUAGUUGGUAAUAGUAAGGAAGAAAUCUGGAUAUUUACGAUAAAAAAAAUUGAAUAGCAAAGGAUGAUGUAAUACUGGUUUUACAAGUGUAAUGUCAACUGUUAGUCAUUUUUUUAAUUUUUAGUUUUUAUAAAUUAUUGUUUGACAAAAGUAUCUUGUAAAAUCAGAUUAUGUAAAUAAAACAAAUUUAAUUUGUAAAUAUAUAUUUAUUUGAAGGCGCUAUAUCCAAAUUAUAGUUACUUUUCCUAUACCUAAUUUUAUAUGGUUAAACAAAGAUACAAUAUACAAUUUAUUUUUUAAAAAAUAUUAAAAUUCUGAAUUGUAGAACUGUGAUAGGUAAUGAAAUCUGUCAUCACUGUGGCAAUA